CAUAUGAUACAUAAGGACUGAAUUACAAAAGUAAUGGUAAGUAUUAUGUAAUGCACUUUUUCUACUUUUUUUAUUUGCGUCUGAAAAUUUUCCGCAACCACAAAUAUCCGUUACCGAGAAAAAGAGGAAUAUUAUAUCACAAAUCUCAGACAAAUCCCAAUAGAAACGUUUCAGCCUAUAUGCAUACACACCACUUUCAAUCAGUUCUACCAAUUCCACGUUCACCACUUCCAAUCAACUCUUUUUAUUUCACCAAAUUCAAGCUUCCAACCGAGAGUAAGAAGAGAGGAGAGUCCCAACGAGAUGGAAGGGAUAAUGAAUUAGAGAAGAGCAGCGGUGGAGCAAGCGUUAUGGCGCAAGGGAUGGAGAGUAACGGCGGUUUAGAACCGCGACUUCGAUGCCGUAGCGUGACGGGCCGAACAGAGGUGGACAGCAGCUAUGAUGCUGGAGAAUUACACCGAGGCAGUGGCAGCAGCGGCGCGAGAAAGGCAUCGAUGGAGACUCGCCGCGAUCCAGAUCUGAACGGCGGUGGGUAAAACCGCGAAAACUAACGACGAUGCAGUUUCGGCAGACUGAGCGACCGGGCGGCAGUGACGUCCAUUUGCGACGGCGAGCCGGGACAGCGGUGGCCGCGAACAGAGGCUGGCCAUGGCGGCGGCUAUCGGCUCAGACGGAGGGAAGGCGGCGCUGCGAUGAAGGUAGCAGGCGAGUGAUAGGGCUGUCACAAUUUAAAGUUUAGAUGUGUGAAUUUUGAACGUGAGAUAAAGAAGUGAAAUGGGGAGGAAGAUGGAGAUUGUAGGAGCUAUGAAUUGUGACUUGUGAGAAAGGGUGGUUGAUUUGGGGGUGUUGACCGUGAGGUUGGAAAAGUAGAAAGACAGUUUUGGGCCAGGUGAAUUUUCUUUGGGAAUUUUGAGUAUAUUUUAGUGGUUGGGCCUUAGUUAAUUAUUUGAUGGUUGAUCCAACAAUGGAAAUAAAUAGAAAGAGGAGAAGAAAUGGGCUAGAUUUGUUUGCACUAAAUGGAUCGAUGGAAAUAGAGGAGUUGGGCUCAGAAGUCAAACAAGUGUUUGGGUGGAUUAAAGUGGGAAAGUGUGAAGAUAAUGAUCGAUGUCUCGGGCGGCCUUGAAAAUAAAUGAAAGAGAAGAGAAGCAUGGAGUCAAAGAAGAUUUCUCCGCGUACAAAAUUGAAGUCAAAGUAAGGAACUGAAAUUCAGAAAAUUAAACGAAUGAGGUGAGCUUUCUUUUUAAAUAAGGACUAUGAGAUGUGAAAAAUGAUGUUGUGAAUAUUUGUCAAGCCGUGUUUUGUUUUCUAUGGAACCUAUCUGAUGUGGCUUUUGCCAUAUAUGGAUAAUCAAAUUCGGGUUUGACUAGGGAGUGAGUCCCUACUCAGGCUAGUGUACACCUACGGGAGAUCGUGCGCUAUUUCUUCGAGUUGACCGGUCUAGUGACUUGGAAUGCGACCGCAUUACUUAUCAUCAAUGGUUCAGAUAUGAUAGACAUCUAUGGGAAAAUGACUUAUCAGUCGAAUUUUACGAUAAAAAUUAUUUUAGUGUCUCGUGUCUUUUCAAAGUUAAAACGCCGAGAUCACUCAAUGGUGGCAUGAUAAAUACUUUUUGAAAAUUUUUUCAGCAAGAGUCCGCUGAAUGCAUCAAGUAUUCAGCCCUGCAUAUGUUUUUAAAAUGUGCAGGUUGAAUUGUGACGAGUGCAAUGGGUGUUGAGCAUAAAAGUGAAGAAGAUAGUAAAUAAAAGAUUUCGAAUAUAUUAUGUCUUCAUAAUGCUACCGCUAAAUAUUAGUAGUAUUUCUUUUUGAGUAGUUGAUUGUUGAGAUAAUACUCUGAUUUUAUUCGAACUAUUCCCAUUUAUUUCGAGCUAUGUUCAUGUUGUAUUGUUUUUAACCUUUCUUCCCCACUUCUUUAAUCCUCCCCAGUCAGAUCAACAUAUUAAUACUAAUAAAACUCAUACGAGUAUAUUUUUGAAAGAUCAGAUAAAAGUAACGUAUUUAUAUAAUGAAAAGAAGAGUUUUUUUUUGUCAAUUUCGAAAAGUAGGGAGGAGUUAUCGUCCACACAGAUGAGGGAAGGAAGUAAUUAAAGAUAGGAGCGAGUGAAAAUCGCAAUGCCAGUAACUGAAAAUAGUAAGUAAAUGGAUGCUUAAAAGCAAAGGGAGGUGCGUCUAGCCUCGUCCUCCACCACCUAGCCAAUAAACAAUGUCAUCGUCACUCCUUCCUCUUCCUCUUCUUCUUCUUGUCCUCCUCCUGAGCACGGUGCAAUCGGAAAAGCAAUCGAAGCUGAAAACCGAUUACUACAAAAAGAGCUGCCCCAACUUCGGUAAGAUCAUCCAAGAAGUGAUCACCGACAAGCAGCUCGCCGUCCCCACAACCGCAGCCGGCGCCCUCCGCCUCUUCUUCCACGACUGCGUGGUGGGCGGCUGCGACGCCUCCCUCCUCCUCGGCUCCAGCCCCAUCUCCCCCGCCUCCGAGCGCGACCACGAAAUCAACCACUCCCUCCCUGGCGACGCUUUCGACGUAGUCAUCCGCGCCAAGACCCGCCUCGAGCUGGAGUGCCCGGGGGUCGUCUCCUGCUCGGACGUCCUGGCCGAGGCCACCCGCGACCUCAUCACCAUGGUCGGGGGACCCUUCUACCCGGUCCCCCUCGGCCGCCUCGACAGCCACGAGCCCCACGCCUCCAAAAUCGAGGGCCACAUCGCCACCCCAAACAUGUCCCUCACCAAAAUCAUCGACAUGUUCUCCGCCAAAGGCUUCUCCGUACAGGAGAUGGUCGCGCUCUCCGGGGCCCACACCGUCGGCUUCUCCCACUGCUCCGAGUUCGCCAACCGCAUCUUCAACUUCAGCGCCACGGAGGACCACGACCCCACCAUGAACCCGGACUACGUCGACGGCCUCCGCAAGCUCUGCGUCAACUACAAGACGGAUCCCACCAUGGCGGCCUUCAACGACCCCAUGUCGCCAGGGAAGUUCGACAACACCUACUUUGUCAACCUCCAGAACGGCCUGGGCCUGCUCGCUAGUGAUCAGAUCUUGGCGUUGGAUCCACGGACCAAGCCGUUCGUCGACUCCUACGCCAAGGAUCAGACCAAAUUCUUCCAGGAUUUCGCCAAGGCGAUGGAGAAGGUGGGAAAUCUGGAUAUCAAGACUGGGGAUAAGGGAGAGGUGCGGAAGAGAUGCGACACUCCAAAUACUACCAAAUUUCAUUCAUAAACAUUCCUUUUAUCUAUAAAUUCAUUCAUUUCUGUGUUUGUGUUUCAUAUACAUAUACUUGGAAGAAGAAGAAGAAGAAGAAGAAAAAAAAAGGGUGGUAAAACAAGAAUGAUUGUUUGAUGUAAAUCAGAAUAAUCUAUUUCAUUUGCUUUC